CUCCCAAGGGAAAAGUUCCACAGGGCAGGCGCUGGUUAAGUUUAAAUCUGUCUGUAGUCCCAGGGCCCCCAAGGCGACCAGGAUGCCUGCCACCACUAUUGGGAAGAAGCUGGAUCUCUCCACGCUGACAGAAGAGGAGGCUAAGCAUGUUUUUCAGGUUGUCCAGAGAGACUUUGACUUAAGGAAAAAAGAGGAGGAUAGACUGGGGGAACUAAAGACACAGCUGGAGAAAGAGGACACCAAGAGAGAACUCUUGAGCACUGGGACCAGCCUAACAGAGUCUCACUGCAUCCGUUGUCUGCAUCCCUUCAAGUUCCUGGUGAACAGCAAGCGCCAGUGUCUGGACUGUCAGCUGUUUGCUUGCAAGGCCUGCAGCUGCUACAAUAAGAAGGAGCGCGGCUGGGUAUGCGAUGCCUGCCGCAUGGCUAGGGUUCUAAAGAUUGGCACUCUGGAAUGGUACCACGCAAACGUGCGCUCCCGCUUCAAGCGCUUUGGGAGUGCCAAGGUUAUGCGCUCUCUCUACAAGAGGUUGAGUGGAGAUCUCAGCGUCUCCCAGAGUGACCUGAGAGAGCCUCGUGAAGAUGACACUCACAGCAUGCCUGAAAGUCAUACAGAUCACUACAACGAGAACAACAUGGAUACCGUAGCAGAUGGGCCACACUACAGAACGAUGAAAAAGACCAAACGACUGCUCACUGUGCGCCCUGUCGAUUUUGGUCUGGACCCCAACUACUCCACCCACAUUCAGCCAGACAUCUGUCAGAGUCCACACAGCAGUCUGGAGGGAGGCAGAAGGGAGUCCCUGAUUGCUGAAGCCGACAUGGCCUUCAUGUUCCAGCAAAUCCUCGAGGAGCAGGGUCAGAGAGAUCCUGAGUUUAACGCUGAGGUUCUUCACAAUCCCCGGAUUAGUCUGCUGGACAAGCUGGCGCGCUUUGACGACAUGCCAUACUCCGAGAACCGGCUUAUGCGAGCACAGUCUUUGUCCAGGAUGAGUCAAUCUUCAGGUGGAAGUGCCUACAACGGGCACCUCCAUAUCAGCGGGCAGCUGUUUGGCCAGGUGGACUCGGACGAAGAGGAAGAGUACCACCGUCAGUACCAGCACCAACCAUCACGCAGAUCUAGUCACUUCUUGUCACAAGAGAGCAUCAGUCACGGAGUGCCACCACAGAUUACUGAGCUGAACAGACGCAUGUUGGUAAUUGAGACUCUACUCAAUCGUCUGGAACAGAAAGUGUCAUCCCCCUAUGACCAGGGCCAGUCCAGCAACUCUCCUCUGCCUCAGAUGGAGCAGGUGGACCUAGAGGAACUGCAGCUGAGACAGAAACUGGACCAGCUGACUGGCAACGUCAGUGACAAGGGCCUGUCCUCAGACGAGGAUGACCCUAAGAUGCCUCUGUCCCCCAAGGAAAGCCCAUGUGGGAGGAGCCCGUCCGGAUCCCUCCCAAGAUCUUCCUCCAAACCUGGCAUUAUGAUGAGUUCACCCAUCAAUGAACUGCAGGAGCCCCCUCAAGCUCAGGCCUGUUUUUCAACAGGACAUUCUGGGAGCCUUUGUGAGGAAGAUUCUCUGACCCGCCCCAAUACCACCACAGAGCUUUUUAAGCUAGAAAGCAUGGUGGCGUUGGCUGCAGCCACUGUACAGAGCACAGUCAGUGAAGUGACAGACAUUGAGAAAAGGAUUGCUGCCCUGAGCGCUGCUGGGAUGUCUGUCGAUAAGACAAGGAGAAAGUCAGCAGUCCCUCCCCAAAGAAGGAGAAGUGCCUACGACAUUCCCACAAAAACCAGUAAUGACACAGGGUCCAUGAGGAGAAAGUUGAGCAUCUUGUGAAAGGAGUACAGUGUGAAUCAUGACAAAGAACCUGCUGGUACAUUUAGCCUAAUGUGUGUAUUCUUUAAUUGGCUCUAAAUGAUUGUGUGCUAUUUGUUUUUUUUACAUGUAUCCAAUAUUAUUUCUAAUAAUAUUUAUAUUCUAGAGGUAUGCACAAUGUUUUAAUGUUUUAGAGCAUUUUCAACAUUCUCCUAAUAUCAUGCAUGUAACUGGCAAUUGUAUUAAACCAUAUUUAGGAUUUAACAUUUUGUGGAUGAUUACUUGGUUACACUAUUUUGAGAUUCCCAAUUGCCAUCUGCAGAUGUUCUACAAAUAGUAUUACUAUCUAAAAACGUCUGUUAAUAAGCUACUGGUUGCUAUGGUUAGGAUAAGGUUUAGAAUAAAGUUUGGUAUUAGAGUUAGGAUGAAGGUUAAGUUUAGUCUUAGAAUAAAGGUUAGGAUAAGGGUUAGUAGAUAGUUAGUAGAAAAACUGUAAAACAUCUAUAAAAAAAUGUUGGGACUCAAAAUUAAAUUUUACAGAAAACGUUCUAUAUUUUUGCUUAGUUACACUGUUAUUGUAGUCAUUUAGCAGACGCUCCUAAUUAACUUCAGAUUACAUUGAAGAGGUUCAGAUGGUUUUUUAUUAGUUCCUCCUUAGUUCAUUGGUUCCUAAUCAUUUGUAUCCCAAAUGGCACCCGAUUGUUUGUGAAGGAGACUUAUUUAGGCUAGAGCGCUAUGGGGUUCUUGUCACAAUUAGUGCAGCAGAUGGGAUACAGUGACAUUUUGGAUGCAAUUAUGAUGUAGUUGAAGAAGAAAAAUUGUUCAAAAAGAUCUAGACUGUUGAUUUUGGAAUAGUAGGGCUUAUACUUAAGAUGUACACAAUCAAACAUGGGAGUGUGAAUUACCAGUUUCUGGUUGCUUGUUCUGUGUUUUUAAGCAGUAUUAAUACAUUUUUAACCUCUGUAUGAAUUCUUGAUUGCUGUUAAUCUACAGAUGGGUGACAAAUUAAAUGAAAAACCUGAAUAAAUGAGUGGAUGAAUGCAGAUGCUAACAUAAUGAAUGCAGAUGCUACCAUUGGGUCCAUUUGUCCCCUUAAAUGGAAGGGUCACUGCAAAUCAUAAAAAAACUGAAUGGUUUGAUUAAUAUGAAAAAUAUAUGAAUAACAUAUACUUUGGCUUUCGCAGUCACCAGAU